CAUCCAGCCAACCACUCCACAACAGCAGCGGCGAUGCGGCUGAACGCGAAAGAGCUCAUUGUGUUUGCCAAGACGUGCCCCCGCGUGGACAAGCGGGGGUACCUGUACAAGCGAGGCGUGUACAACACCCAAUUACGGCGGCGAUUCUUCGUCUUGAAGGGGAACCUCCUCUUCUACUACAGACGCCAAGAGGACGAUGAGCCGCUAGGUGUGAUCGUGUUGGCUGGGUGUACGGUGGAUGCAGGCCCGCGCGUACCCGAGCUGGGCCUGUACACCUUUGUGAUUAACUUUGAUCUCUCUUCUUCCCAACAACCCACCCGAUCCUUCGAACUCGCCGCAGAAUCAGACAAAGCCAUGUUUGAGUGGAUCCAGGCGAUACAGUAUGCCAACUACGAGAUGCUGCGGGUUGUAGUGGAGGAUCUGAAGGCGCGCGUGGAGGCGGCUGAAACAGAGCGCGCGAUGGCCGGGCACCGCCCGCAGCCGCAACAGCAGGAAGGGCAAUCCGAGGCAGGGGAGGCGGCGUUGUCGCCCGUAGCGGAAGCGGACGAACACGAACAGAGCUCGCAGCAUCACAUCUCCUUUGGUGAACGUGCACACAGUGCGGGUGACACGCACGCAGCAAGCGCGGCGCGAGCACACCUUGUGGGACAAGCCAGCAGCGGGCCACACGCAUCAUCCAUCUCAACAUCAUCGCCAACAUCAUCACCAACGGGAACGGGAUUACCGCCACCCGGCUCCACACCGCCAGCCAUCCCACGCCCAUAUCACGAGACGAUGAUGUUCAAGCAGCGAACAUCGUCCAGGACCGGCGGAUAG